AUGGAGUUAGAAACUAGACAUUUACAGAUUAAAAAUGCUAAUAAAGACAUUUCUCUUGCAAAGUCCAAAGCUGAGAAUAAUAUAAAAUCUAAGAAAAUUAGAUCACUUGAGUCUAUGAUCAAGAUAUUGGAAGCAGAAUUGGAAAAUAUAAAGAGUAAAUUGAAAUCAAAAGUCAGUAAACUAGAGUGUCUGAAAUCAGAGGCUAUAUCAAACUCUGUACUUAAUAGAAAUGAUGAAAAAAAUAUAACCAAGUUUAAUGAUAUAUCUGCAGUUAUUGAACCUAGUAAAAGUCUCAGACAAUAUUUUAUACAUAGAAAAAAUAUAGAUCAAGCUAAAAAAAUUGAUACUAAGUGUCUUGAGUCAGAAACUCAUAGCUUUACUACUAAUACUAGCUUCAUCAUUAUACUAAAUAAUACUAAUAAUGAAAAAACUCCUAUAUCUGAGGAAUCAGUAAUUCAAGAUUAUUACUAA